AUGGCGAUGAAUUUUGUCACAUUUAACCAGGACUAUAGCUACCUAGCUGUCGGCACCGCGAAAGGCUUUCGCAUAUUCUCGACCGACCCCUUUGUGAAGAGCUAUGAGACAAAAGAAGGAAAUAUCGCCAUGCUAGAGAUGCUAUUUUCCACAUCUCUUGUCGCACUGAUACUCUCUCCUCGCCGGCUUCAAAUCACGAAUACAAAGAGACAGUCGAUUAUUUGUGAACUGACCUUCCCUACAACUGUGCUCGCUGUGCGCCUCAAUAGAAAGCGCCUAGUUAUCGUACUGGAGGAUCAAAUCUAUGUCUAUGAUAUCCAGACGAUGAAACUGCUGUACACGAUUGAAACAUCACCAAACCCGAACGCUAUUUGCGCUCUGUCUCCAUCGUCUGAUAAUUGCUAUCUUGCUUAUCCGCUUCCGCAGAAGGCUCCUCCUCCAUCGUUCACUGCUCCUACCCACACUCCUCCAGGAAAUUCACAUAUUGCUCCCACGAAUGGAGAGGUGUUAAUAUUCGAUGCCCAAAAGCUUGAAGCCAUCAAUGUUAUAGACGCGCAUCGAUCACCACUGUCGUGUAUCUCAUUGAACAAUGAUGGUACCAUGCUUGCUACCGCAUCUGAUAAGGGCACAAUUCUUCGUGUCUUUUCGGUCCCUGACGGCCAUAAGCUGUAUCAAUUUCGCAGAGGAUCGAUGCCAUCGACUAUAUACAGCAUGUCAUUCAACACUACAUCUACCCUGCUGUGUGUCUCAUCUGCCACGGAGACCGUGCACAUCUUCAAAUUGGGCCACCAAGGAACAGCAACCGGCUCCCCCGGUUCAACUGGAAGCGCGAACAGUUCACCACCGGGAAGCCGUCCGCGUGCGACUUCUGGUAGCAAAGGGCCAGACAUGGAUGGAUUCUUGGGACGCAAACAUGAUGGUACGUUCAUGGGUUUGAUAAGACGCACCUCACAGACACUCGGAACCUCAGUUGCUGCCACGGUAGGCGGAUACCUGCCUAAAGGUGUGACGGAGAUGUGGGAGCCAGCACGCGAUUUCGCCUGGAUUAAACUGCCCAAGCAUACCACAAAUUCUCAGCCACGGUCCGGGCCUGUGAGAAGUGUUGUUGCAAUGAGUAGCAAUACGCCGCAGGUGAUGGUGGUGACGAAUGAUGGUGUCUUCUACGUCUUCAACAUCGAUCUUUCGAAAGGCGGCGAGGGUACACUGACUAAACAGUAUUCCGUCCUCGACUCCAGCGAGAGACUGGGAUCGUCAGCAGCUGACUCCUGA